AUGCACACGAAAGAAAUAGUCGCAGCGAGCGUCGUACUUGGACUCUGCUUUGUCGCUGCCAUGGCACUCGUUACACGCUUCCUCCUGCACAAGCAGCCCAAGACUACAACAACAGACGAAAUGUUCACUACGGACGGCAAGACUGAACGGCAGGUUCAACUCACGCAGAUCUCCAGCUCGUGGAAGAGAUUCUUGACCCCAAAGCAAAGACUUAGCAAAGGACAUUGGGUGCCAACAUUGUCGGGCAUCAUCAAGGCAGGCGACGAGGGUUUGUUUUCCUCCGCAUUGUUUACCAACCUCCAAGGACAUCCCGGACAAGUACCGCUCGAAACCUUGUACGAUGCGUUCGCGAACGAAGUUCGAAACAGACCAAUCUCAGAGCGAUCGUCAUACCCCGGAGACAUGACGAAGUUCCUUGCUCGAGCAAAGAAGCCUGCGAGCGGCGUGGGGCGGUCAAAGUCGAUGUCCAAUGUUCGGCGAGCGGACCCUAGCCCAAAGACUGCGAGGAAGAGCUUAGAUUUAUCGGUGGUAGAGAUGGGUUUGGCUAGGGGCUUAUCCGUGAAGAAGCCGGCGUCUGCCUUGGUAUCGAUGCACAAUGGACUGCGAGACGACGACCCGAAGGCUAUACAGCGGGCUUGGGUGAAAGAUGGUCAAACUGCAAAGUAUGAGGAUGGAAGGUUGAGCGUCAAGGUCUCAGCUGCCGAACUUGCGGCACUCUCAGUAAUACUGGGAAGCCAGUUAAUCAACGGCGCUGACCAACAAGACGCGUCAUCGGAGAAUGGUGCCUUCGGCAUCUCGAUGGCCCUUUCGGCAACGACAGACGCCAAACACCAAGUCACGCUUACACAACAAAAGCGCAGCAGAUCGCAACGGCAUGCCCAAGGCUCAGGCACUUCACCACUCUUCGCAAAGCACCUUGCAGCUGGUUCUCUCCCAUACUCGCAAGAUAAGAUCGGCGUACACAGCAUUCUCAUUACAGAUGAAUCUUUCGAGGCGUUACAAGCAGGAGCUUCUCUUUACACACACCCAUAUGUCGCAAGAACGCCACAGUCCAAGUUCCUCGCUUCGCUACCCAGUUCCCGCGAAGCACGAUUCCACAUCCUCGCCACAUCGACCGAAGUCCAUACCUCAAACACCUUACUAGACGCCAUAGCAUCACUGCCGUUCUCCGGCGGCCUUGCGCCCCUAGCCUCUUCACCUCUGAUCAAGAACGUUCAGUUCAUCGCUUCCGCUGGCCUCCCCCACGCCCGCCUACUCCAGCGCCUCGAGCAACUCGUCGACAAAGUCCACCGCCACACACCCCACCUCAAUAUCUUCGGUCCCCUGUACGAGCCUCAAAACGCGGGCCUCCUCUUCCGCGAGCGCGAACGCCUCGGUAGACUCGCCAGCGAUCCAACAACACCCGACACUCUCGCCGACAAGACAGCCCGCAUGUCACGCUACACAACGCUCCUCGAGCGCCUCAUGGCUCUGGUACCAGACUUGAAAGCGCAAGACGCACUCGCCGCCGCCCAGGAAGCAACGAAGCAGGAAAUGCGACGUGCAUACCAACAAGCCGUCGCAGCGCACACUUCCUCCACUUCGGCCAGCAAAAGCGCGGAGACAGUUUGUUCGCCGGUAUCGGCAUCGCCAUCUGAACCACAACAGCAACAGCGCAAGCGCCAAUCCACAUCAUCACGUCGCAGUACCCGUUAUUCGAACCGUUCCAGCACCUUUUCAUCUGAUAUCACGGAGGCGAGCCCAGCGCUCACAACAUCCAUGGACGAGAAAGAGAGGAGUCUAGCCAAGCAGAUAGAACACGUUCUCAAAUCCGACCUGCCGCUAGAGGUCAGUACGAUUGCAUUUGUUGCGCGAAUGGUGGUCGUGGCGUGGACAGUCAGCGUAGGUACUGUGGCUUGGGGGGAGGGUGAGUCCGGGUUCCGGGUACCUGACCUGGAGGCUUUAGGGAAGAUGGUUUUGGUUUAG